GCAGCAAUGAUUGGGUCCCUGCUCACAGGCUGCCUUUUUGUGAUAGGGUGACGGAAAUGGUCCUCCCUGCCCCCCUCCUCUUUGCAACAACACGCACCAUCUUGCACACACAUUUUUCGUCCUAUUUUUUCACCUUUAUGGUUGUGGAAGCUCUGUGGAACCAAGCUGUAAAUCUGCUCCGGAGUGCUAGAUUUUUGGCUUUUCCAGGAACAUCGAACAUCUAAGAUAGAGCAGACAUCUCCAGCUAAAGACUUGACAUGCCACCCACAUCCACUGCUUCUUGAGCGAAAAGCAACUGGAGACCUGUUAGUCAGAUCCUUCUACCAAGCACGCCUGCUCUUGUUUGCUAUUUCAUCAUGGCCUGCACUUUUUAGUCUCAUUUGGUGACAUUUUGUCUAGGAGAACAAAGAACAAUGGUCAUGCAGGGGUCCUGUGAGUAAGAAACAGAUCUGACUUCUAUGCAUUUUAAACUGAUCAGAGGAUGGCUAAGGAAGCUUAUGGGAUGAUGACAGGGUUAAUGUCACUCUCCAAAUCCGAAGAUGGAAAAACGUAACAUCCCUUUUGAGCUGUUUUAUCCUCACUUUCAUCUUGGCAUAGAGACACAGAGAUAGCAGUUGUUACAUUGACUGUGCCAUUUUUCGGCAAUUUACCGUUGUGGAAAUGAAGUCGCUUUGCUCAGACAGUCCUGAACCACUGCGGAGGAGUACGUCUUUUUAGGCCGAUCGUUGUGACAAAUAAAAAUCUAAUGAUGGCUUGGUCGGUAUCAGGUAGCUUUGUUGGUCAUACUCAUCCCUGAUUUGUGUUUGAUCUUUGAAGGAGUAAUGUAUGACUGUACUUGAAUGGUGGGAGCCUGAAGUGGCGCACACAGAAAUGGAUGUUUGUAAAGAGGCAGAAGCUUUGGGACUUCAGCCCAAUGUGGUGAUUUCAGAUGGGAACAGUAGUGAGCACUGCACUGAGGACAAGCCAGCCCCAACCCCAUCCAUGCUGGGGAAGAGACACCAUUCACUCUACGCAAGUCUCAAUGGUUAUGAAGGGGAAGCCAUGAGAAAGAAUGGCACUGACUACAACAUCUUGGUUCGUCAGAACUCAGAACUGUUACGAGCACUGGAUGCUCUGGAGAAGACUUGUGCUACACUGCGAGAGGAGAAUGGUUUGCUGCGGAAGAGCAGUGCCCCAGAGACUGAGGAGAAGGUCAGGAGGUUGAGAAGGAAGAACACAGAGCUGGCUAUUCUUGCAAAAAGACUGGAAGACCGGGCACUGAAACUACAAGAGGCGAAUCUCAGAGUGGUGAACCCUCCCCUGAUGAGGCCAGGGUCAGUGGAGCACUACAAACGAGCCUUUGCCCGUCAGAGAGCCCGAGAUUUGGCCCAACAUGCAGAUGUGCUGCUGUGUAAAGACAAGGAGAUAGCCGCUCUGCAACAAGAGUGCAGGGAGCUAGAGGAACAGCUGGGAACCACAAAGAGGUCCCCUGUUUCAUCUGGGGAAUUUGAAAAGCUUUUGAGAGAGUCCCAGAAGGAGGUGUUGCGGCUGCAAAGACAACUGUCAGUCACAUCGUCCACACAACAGCACAGCACCAUCACUCCUGAUGACCUAAUGCAGUGUGGGGGUACUGAGAAAGGAGACAAGGAAAAGAGGGUUGUUCGUGAAACCCCUUGUGUGGCGUUUGAUGAAGUUUCGUCAAGAAAUGAGAAAACCCCCAGAGAAGAGGAGGAGUUGGGGCAGCGUUUGACGCCCGUCCCGGGCCUCAGCCCGACCCCCUCCCAAAAGGAGGAGCAGUCUCAGGACCACCUACAUUUUCUGGAAAGUGAACUGAGUAAGAAAAGAAAAGAAUGUGAAAAUCUCGAACAUGAAGCAAAGAAGCGACAAAGAAGAUGUCUAGAUUUGGAGAACCAGCUUGAAGAGGAGCGAUGUAAAAAUGAGCAACUAAAAGAGGAGACAGAUCUCCUCCGGAGGAAGGCACAGCUGCUCUACCAGACUCAGACUGAAAAUGAUGAGCUGAGGGAAGAUCUCUCUGAAGUGACUGCUCAACACAAUUCAGUUCUCGAGGAGAACCAAAGACUCCGUGCCAAACUGGAGAACUUAGAGCAGGUCCUAAAGCAUAUGCGAGAGGUUGCUGAGCGAAGGCAGCAGCUGGAACUGGAACAUGAGCAGGCACUGGCAAUCCUUAAGUUCAAACAGGAUGAAAUCAAACGAUUACAGCGGGCUCAGUUAUUUGCCAAAAGGGAACAUGAAGGAGUUGUUCAAAUGUUGGAGGACUUGGUUCAGCUUGUGUUGCAGAGAGAGCUGUCCAAGGUCCGGGAUCUGGAGGAGAAAUGCCGCGGACAGAGCGAACAGUUCGGCCUGUUAUCCCAGGAGCUGGAAAAGUUUCGGAUGCAGGCUUCAAAGGUGGAUCUGGCUGCCUCCACUCUCCCCAACAACCCCAGCCUCUCUGUUCUGACCAAUGGACUGGGCCUCACAGCUGACAGGGACUGCAGUGGCUCUUUGGAUAUGGUGUCUCUUGGUGAAAUAGCCUUCUGGAGUCUUGAGGGGGGUGACCCUCUCCCUGGUUCUGAAGGGAAUGAACUGCUUGAUGUGGCAGAAGCUCUUCGCAUUGGGGUCACUCCUCAUGCUGCAGGAUUGUCCCGGGUACAGCGGUCUCCUGUUACGAAACAUAGAGAGCUGCCAACCAUCAGUGUCAGCAAGUCCCUCUCUUCCUCCAGCAAGUCUGAAGCAACACGCCUCACCCCAAAAUCUGACACUCACCUAAGCCCUCACAAGUCAAGCCCUACACAUGAGGUGGAUACAGCCAGUGAAGUGGAGGAGUUGGACAUUGAUGUUGCCCCAGCGCCUUACAGUGUCAACAGGGGAGCAUCUAAGCUUCAAGUUUUUAUUGCACGAUACAGCUACAAUCCUUAUGAUGGCCCCAAUGACAACCCUGAGGUGGAGCUUCCACUCACUGCAGGAGAAUACAUUUAUGUGUAUGGAGACAUGGAUGAAGAUGGCUUCUAUGAAGGAGAACUUAUGGAUGGCCGCAGAGGGCUGGUUCCCUCUAACUUUGUGGAGCGUGUUUCAGAUGAUGAAGUUAUUGGUUCUCAUCAUCCAGAGACUGUGGAUAUCUCCCAUAAUUCUCUGCUUGACAGCAGCCUGCACAGUGCCAGCCACCAGCAUUACCUCCACACUGGAGUUAGCGGUUCCCAGAGGACAGAGUCCUCCGCUGCUCCUGGUCCUGCCUACACCCCUGCAGAUCCAGCAUUGGCCUUGGCAGUCCCGACCCCUCUCACAAAUGGACUAGACCUGGACUUCGAGGAGGUGGGAGUGGACAUUGUGCCUUACCCACGGAAGCUCACUCUUAUCAAGCAGCUCGCCAAGAGCAUCAUUAUCGGCUGGGACCCCCCGUCGGUGCCGGCUGGGUGGGGCAAUGUAUUGAGCUAUAGCGUGUAUGUGGACCAGGAGCUGCGGCUCAGUGUGCCCUUUGGUUCCCAGAACAAAGCUGUGCUGGAGCGUUUGGAUAUAACUCUGAAGACCUACCGUGUGUCUGUGCAGAGCCUGACAGAGAAGGGACCCUCUGAUCAGCUGCGAUGUAGCAUGCUGGUGGGCCGCGAUGUAAGUGUGGCACCAACUCAGCUGAAUAUCGACAGAGUCACUGCAACCACAGCCAACUUGAGCUGGCUGCCCUGCAACAGUAACUAUGUGCACAUUGUGUCCUUGAAUGGAGAGGAGUAUGAACUGGUAAAGGCUGGCUGCUACUCACUGUGCCUCACAAACCUCUGUCCAAGCCUGCAGUACACAGUCAAAGUAGAAGCACGGCCACACCGCACCCCCUGGGAGUUACCUGUGGAGCGGCGCGAACACAGGGUCUCUACUGUCACAUUCAAAACAUUAAUGGCAGGUCCUCCCGACGCUCCUCUGGAUGUCCAGCUGGAACAGGGGCCUUCUCCGGGCAUUGCGCUCAUCAGCUGGUUGCCAGUUACCAUAGAUGCAGCUGGAACAUCUAAUGGAGUACGUGUCACAGGGUACAGCAUCUAUGCUGACAAGAGAAAGGUUCUGGAGGUGUCGUCCCCCACCGCGGGCAGUGUCCUGCUGGGUCCGUCUCAGAUCCAGUCUCUGCAGGGAGCGCGGGAGCUUACUGUGCGCUCCAUGUCUGCUCAUGGGGAGUCAUGUGACUCUCUGCCAGUGAACGUACCCUUUAAGCUGGAUGCCCUUCUGACAGGCCCAUCUAUUACCCCUCCUGUUGUGCCACCACCUCCCUGUGUCCCAGUCUCCCCUUGUAGCCUUCCAUCCCCUGGUUUCUCCGGAAAUGUACCUGCCAACGUGUCCAUGUUACCCAGCACAUUGCUGCCAAACACACAAGCCACUAGUCAUGUGGUGGAACCUUUUGCCAAUCAGCCUAAUGCUCUAGCUGCAGAGGAUCCCUGUCCUGUCUAUGUACAGGGCUGGGCCAACCCCUCGUCAGCUGCUGCCUUGGCUGUGUGUGACUCGGCGUUACCAGCAGCCUCCAACUCCCCUCCUAUGGUUAGCGUGACCUCACCCAUUACCACAAUGCCUACACAAGGUGCAGUCCUGUCAGUGGCAGCAAUGGCGCAAAGCAGAGACACUGACAGCCCUGGGCUCAUACGUCCUUUCCCGUCCAUAACCGAGUUCAUCGAGGACCCCUGUGCCAAGCUGGAGCCCAUUCUGACCCCGCCAAAAGCCACAACCACAGACCUCCUCUGUCCUCAGGACAGCCGGCUUCUGCGGCCCCCCAGCACCUCCCCUCUGGACUCCGAGGUAGAGGAGGAGCAGGAAAACACACGUCUGGUGUCCAUAGAAGAGUUCUUAAGGCAAGAUCACGAGCCAUCAAGCAACAGAAGGCAGCAGACUUAUGGGAAAGGCCUGGUAGAACCCCUCAGUGACUACCACGCAGAUAACAGCCGUUCAGACUUGUCAGACAUCUUGGAAGAAGAAGAGGAAGACCUCUCCUCUGACCAUCUUGGAGAAACACAAACUAUGGGAUACAUAGCUGCAGCUAACAGGCUAAAAUCCUGCAGAAUGGAUACACCAGAAAGUGAUGAAGAAGUUGUGGAAAGAAUUCUUAAACUGCCUCCUCAGGUGUACCAGAGCAAACAACUCUCCAUUAUCCCAGAGACCACAGAGGAAGAGGACCGCAGCUUACAAGAGUCUUUAUUACACCACACACAGCCACGAACUAGGCCCAGAGACCAGAGAGACCCCAGAGAUCCCAGAGAGCCCAGGCCCCUGCAGCAUGCUCCUCAGCACCUGCCCGCCCCCCACACAUCACACCAUUUAAAUCCCAGAGCAGUUACCAAAGAGCCUUUAUUAAGGCAUGACGGCCCUCAAGUCAGGUCCAAGACGCAUCUCCGAGUCCACUAUGCAGACCCAGUGGAAAGCUGCUACCCAGAAGAGGACCCCAGUGUGUACCAGCCCAUUACCAGCAGGAGGCCGUCUGCUCGCUGUCCUCCCCAGCCAAACCCCCCAGGCCGAGCGCUGCUCAAAGGGCUGGGGGACCGCCUUAGGAGGGAGGCCAUGCUCAGGAGCCAAAUGGCUGCUUCUGCCACUAGCUGUGCUCCGACUAGACCUCAUCCCAUCAGCAAAUCUGUGCACACUGUGAGAGCUCCUAUGGGCCGCGCUGCAGAAAUCGAUGUAGAGUACGGUACUGACACGGAGGAGCCAGCUGAGUGCGGUCAAGGGGAGGUGGUGAUGGAGCAGAUGAGCUCAGAGUGGUGGGUGGAUGCAGCUCAGAAGAGCAGACCGCUCCGCCACCCUGGACCCAAGCCUCAGCCACCAAGUGUCACUGCAGGACAGCAGCAAUGGACCAACCAAAUCUCUCUAGCAGAAACAGGGCCAUCACGGCGAGACCAGACACAACUUUCUAAAUCAUCAGCAAUGCACAACAGGCUCCCUACAGGUUGUAUUGAAUCACCAAAGGGGAAAGGCGGCUGCAACAUCCGCCUCUUUGUGGCACUGUUCUCUUAUGAUCCUGCCUCCAUGUCCCCUAACCCCGGGGCUAUAGAGGAGGAGCUGCCCUUUAUCGAAGGACAAAUCAUCCAAGUGUUUGGGGAUAAAGAUGCAGAUGGAUUCUACCAUGGGGAGUGUGCUGGGCGUGUGGGCCUGGUGCCAUGUAAUAUGGUGUCUGAAAUCCAAGUGGAGGAUGAGGAGACACGACAACACCUUCUGAAGCAGGGCACUCUGUCCACAGUGAGCUCUGUAGACAAAUUAGGCAAUUGCACACAUGCACAGCUUCCUCGUCGUGCUGCUCCACCUCCGAAACCCAGGCGAUCCAAGAAAGUGGAGGUUGCCAAUGUGUGGGACACAAGUCAAGAACCCAACAAGCCCCCUGCAGGGGCUGAUGAGAGUAGGCCAGGGGCAGUCGGUGGUGCAGCUGCUCCGUUACCUAACCCUGGUCCAGAGACCCGCAAGAUGGUGGCCAUUUUUGAUUAUGAUCCCAGAGAGAGCUCUCCCAACACAGACAUAGAGGCUGAGCUGACGUUCAGUGCAGGGGACAUCAUACAUGUAAUGGGAGACAUGGACGAAGAUGGCUUCUUCUACGGGGACCUGAACGGACAGCGAGGCCUGGUGCCGUCAAACUUCUUGCAGCCAUUACUGGAAUCCAACACAGCCUCUCUACAUCCUCCAGAGCCUAAAAGAGAGUCCCAGGCUUGUGAGACGAGUUACCAACAAGAUCUAGAGCCUCCAGCGCCACAGGAAGCACACUGCACAGAUACAGAAGCUCCUCGUCGAGACCAGAUAGAGGAGGCCCCAGAGCGGGCCCCAGAGCGGGCCCCAGAGCGGGCCCCAGAAUCUGUUCCGGAAGGGGUCCCAGCACUCUGUGCUGCUGCUGCAGUGGAGCUGAUGGAGGCCCCACCUGAUGCAGACACUGCUCCACAGGGAGACAGCCCCACACAAGCCAAGAAGAAGAAGAGCUUCUUCUCUAAAGGCAAGAGACUCUUUAAAAAGCUGAGCUCCAGUAAGAAAGAAUAAGUUAAGUCCAACUAACAAAAAGCACUUUUACAGGUUUUGUUAGUGUCAGAGUCGUCAGUCUGUGGUUAGUGGCCAUCAGACAAAAUAUCACUAGUAAAUCUGCUGCUAAACCAGUGAUAUAUUUUAUUCUGAGCAUGUUGAAAUGCUUGCUAAUGUAAAGAAACCCGAUUAAAAGUAACAUUUGAUUUACCAUAAAAGCUCACUCCAUAAGAGCUUCACUCCCACACUCAAGCCACUUUAUUUAUAAAAACUAAAGAAUUACAAAGAGCAGUAUGUAUCUAUCAGCGGCACACAUAUGUAUUCUGUGUGGCACUGUCCUGGAGGAUCUAUGUCCUAACAUGAUAUUUACACUAAUGCUAUUUAUUUAUUACAUUGUACAGAACAAUUUCUUUAUAUGUGACAAGUUCUAGUCAGAGCUGGCCUGACCCUUGCUGUUCGCUGAGCGCUGCCAGUUCUACGAUAACAUUUUCAUGAUAAUUUAAGAGUGUCACAGCCUCAGAAAUUACUUGUCUCUCAAGGAUUAUUAAUUUCAGUCUGGCAUACUUUGCAGCAAUUAGCUACGAGUUUCCAGUUUGUAUCUGUUUUCUUCCUCCCAUAUUAUGAAGUCCACAAAGUUUAUCGAAUUCAGGGGUUAUGCCUGAAGGCCCACUCCCCAGACACUUCCUUCAGCCUAUGGGAGUCUCAGUUAAAAAUAAAAUAAGUUUUUUGGGCUGAGACAGAGUGAAAUCACACUACUUACCUGUGUUUGUUCAUUUCAGUAUAUAUACAUAUAUCUGCAGCUGUGACAGUCUGACAUCAGUAUAUUACUACAUUAGAUAUAUUAAAUAGUUAGGAUCGAGGCACCAAGUUUAACUUAGUACAGUCUCUUGUUUCUUGUUCUUCUUUUAACGGAUGUGGGAGGAUUAGCAAUAUAAAAGUGAAGUGCAGCUACCAGCAGUGUUGUGUAGUGUGAAUGUGUGAGUCUGUGUGGUCGUUUCUCAGGUUUACAUAUUACUAAGCCGCUCUUCAACCCUGGCUGCCAUAAACUGCGGCAUAUGCCAAAAUUGUAGGUGCUUUGUCUGUCAAGCACAAUAACUUCAAUGAGGCUUCUGUAGAUUUAGUCAUCAUUAAAGGUGCUCUAUGCAGCUUUUCUGCUGGAGGGUUUUCAUGGAGACUUGUUUGCUUUGCCUGGAAUGUUCCACAGUAUGUCAUUACACUUGUUGUCUUGCAUUUAUUCAAUUACAGGUAUCC